UGUUAAUUUCUUCGUCUCUCUCGCAUCUGCGAUUUUCGUUCGUCGGGGAAGUGGAUUACAGAAUGUGAUCAUCUCAAUCAAACCAAAGUCGAUUCAAUUGUAAUAAUCAAUUUCUGGAAGAAAUUUGAUCAGAGAAUCUUGAAUCCAGUUUUGUUCAUCGUGAUUUGGCUCUCACAAUUCUCACUCCAUUGGCAUCAAUCAUGGGCGAGCUCAAAGCUCUUCCUGCUCCUUCAGAGCUUUCGCCCUCAGUCCUCUCAUUCCUCGAUCGUCAGCUUUACAACAACGAAACCCUAGCGCAAGCUCCGGCCCUCGUCACCGAUCUUCAAAAUCAGUGCCACGAAUUGAAUCUGUCUCUACUCGAUCUCAAUCGGAGCCUCGGACAUACUCUUCUUUCCCACUCUUCGUUUUCCGAUCGUCUUCAUGGCCUCCUUGGAGAUGUUAAUGGAAAAUUGGUCGGUCUUGAAUCGCUUACUCGCGCUCUGAGUUCCACACAAGGAUUGGGAAUAGCUGAUGGGGUCCUGGGGAAGGAGCUAUCGUCGCUGGCAAAAGAAGUGGCGAGAAUGGAGACGGUGCGAAUGUACGCCGAAACAACAAUGAAGCUUGAUAGCAUGGUAGGAGAUAUUGAAGAUGCUGUAUCUUCUGCAAUAAACAAAAACUUGAGGAAGUAUUCCCCAGCUCAGAGUUCCGAGGAUGCGAGGCUGCUCGCUAUAAAAACCCUUAAACUUACUGAAGAUAUCUUAGUAUCAGUUUCAAAAACACGGCCACAGUGGACACAUCUUGUGUCAGCAGUUGACCAUAGAGUUGAUCGGGCUUUAGCUAUUUUAAGACCUCAGGCAAUCGCAGACCAUCGCUCACUUCUUGCUUCCCUUGGAUGGCCCCCGCCUCUCUCCAGUGUAACUGUUGCAGGUGAUGCAACAAAAUCGACUGAAUCCCAAAAUCCUCUCUUCACAAUGCAAGGAAAGCUCAAACAGCAAUACUGUGAAAAUUUUCUUUCCCUAUGCAGCCUACAAGAGCUUCAAAGACGAAGGAAAUCUCGACAGCUUGAGGGUUAUAAUCGAGAGGUUUCUUUGCAACAACCCCUUUGGGCAAUUGAAGAGCUUGUAAAUCCUAUAUCAUUAGCAGCUCAAGGUCAUUUUUCAAAGUGGGUUGAUAAGCCAGAAUUUAUUUUUGUUCUUACUUAUAAGAUUACCAGGGAUUAUAUCGACUCUAUGGAUGAAGUUUUGCAACCUCUUGUCGAUGAAGCGAGGCUGGUGGGGUAUAGUUGCAGAGAAGAAUGGAUAUCAUCAAUUGUAUCCUCCUUGUCAACUUACUUGGCAAAGGAGAUAUUCCCAAAUUAUAUUAGCCAACUCGAUGAAGAUUCCGACACUGGUAUUCAAUCACAGGCUAGAAUAGCAUGGCUUCAUCUAGUCGACCUGAUGAUAUCGUUUGAUAAAAGAAUCAAAUCACUUGUUGAGCAGUCUGGACUUUUGCUUUCUUUUGAUGAAAAUGAGAACAUGCAAAGAAUUUCUUCAUUAGCUGUCUUCUGUGAUAGACCUGAUUGGCUUGAUUUAUGGGCAGAAAUGGAGCUAAGUGAUGCACUGGCCAAGCUGCAAAUGGAGGUCGAUAACGAACGGAACUGGUCCGAUAAGAUUCCAGCUGCAGCUCUACCUUCUUCCUCUGAGCAUUCUAAAUCUCCUGCAAUUUCCACCAUCUUUAUUAAGCACCUCUCGUCUUUGGUUUAUCGCUGUCGAUCUCUGCCUACUAUCUCAUUGAGGUCAAGAUUUUUCAAGCUAGCUGGUUCUCCUAUCAUAGCUAAAUUUUUGAGGUGUGUACUAAUCAGGUGCCAGGAAGCUGAAGGUUUAACAGCCUUGACAGACGACGAUGCACUGAUUAAAGUUGCAAACUCGAUUAAUGCUGCACGAUAUUUCGAGUCUAUCUUAAAAGAAUGGCGUGAAGACAUGUUUUUCCUCGAGAUGGGAUCAGUUUCAGAUGGUCAACUAGGUGUACUGGAUGGCGACGGCGACGGGCUGUUAGAAAGUCGAUCAACCGGUAUCAUCGACCAAGAGAUUAGAAAUUUGGAGGAGUUUAGACAGGAAUGGGUUGAGAAAAUAUCGACGGUAAUUUUGAGGGGAUUUGACGCCGAAAGUCGAGAUUACAUAAAAAACAAAAAACAAUGGAAGGAAAAAUGUGAAGAUGGUUGGACAGUUUCCAGGCUUUUAGUUGGGGCUUUGGAUUAUUUGGCUGGGAAAAUGUCAACUUUAGAGGAAAAUUUGAAUGGUAUAGACUUCGUUUUUCUCUGGAGAACCUUGGCUGCUGGUGUGGAUCGGUUUCUUUUUAAUGGCAUAAUGAUGAGCAAUGUGCAGUUUAAUGAUGUUGGAGUGAAGAGAUUUGGUGAUGAUAUGGAAGUUUUGUUUGGGAUCUUUAGGUCUUGGUGUUUGAGGCCUGAAGGUUUCUUCCCAAAAAUAAGUGAGAGCAUGAGAUUGCUGAAGAUGAAGGAAGAACAACUUAAAAGUAGUUUGGUGGGAGGGCAAGCUUGGAUGAAGGAAAAUGGGUUGAAACAUUUGAGUACCAUUGAAGCUGAUAGGAUUGUGAAGAGUAGGAUGUUAUAGAAUCGGAAUUGGCAUCAUCGAUGCUCGGGUAGCGUUCGACUGAUUAAGACGUUAGAGCCUCUCGUAGAUUGAAUCGACAUUCCAUUCAUAUCUUCAUUAGAUCGAGAUCUUGACAUGUUUUUGUGUUGAUAUUGAUGACUGGUAACUCGAUUUAAGGAAAAAAUAUGUUGUGAUGACACAUGCACCUCCAUACUUGAGGAUAGUACUCGAUAUUGUUCUCAACUAAGUUCAUGGAUCUCACUGAUACUUGAACAAGCUUGCAUGGCUUGCAUUGGUUGCACUUUGAAUCACAAUCUCCCGGAAAUGAGCCCUUCCUCAUAUGCUUCCUUCCAACCACACCUCUAUGGCCUCCAUUUCCCUCUCCUUCCUUUUCAAAAAUUACAAAAAACGACACGUCAGGUAAGUCAAGCACGUCCUAAAUCAUGUAGAAGGGAGAACUUACAGGUGCAGGUGAUGGAGCAGUCGAGAGAGUUCUCGAGCAGACGAGACAAGAAAAGCUAAGCAAUGUGAGAGCGAAAACGAGAGCGAGAGCGGUUUUGAUCUUUAGCUCCAUGUGUGGCUUGGAGGAUAUAUGAUGAAUGUCAAACAUUUUGUUUCAAGUUUAUAUGAAUUUGUAUGGUGAAGAAAUGAAAUGAGGUUGAAAGGGUCUUAAUG